GAAAAGAAAAUUCCGGAUCACUUCACCGGCACACAUCGGGGACUCCCCUUCAUUCACUCAAACGUUGCCAGUAAACGUGCCUCAUAUUACAUCAAGCCAAAGAUGAAGCCGUGCAGCAUGCUUCCGUGCUAACGGAGGCGCUCAACCCGCGCUUGCCGUGCCAUUGCGCACCAUAUCACUUGCCUAAUCUUCUGACAGGAUCCGCGCAAAGACUUGAAUAAGAUUUAGGCUCCCCCGAGGCCAGAUCAGGGCAAGACAACGCAAGCUCCGGCCGUGCGAAAAUGGCUUCCACCCCACUUCUUCGACUGCCCGUAGAGAUGCUUCGAAACAUCACGGACUAUCUGGAGAUACAGGACCAAGCUCGACUCUCCAUGACAAAUCGCUAUCUUCGAUCUACGUUGCCGGCUCCAACCCACUUCGAAUUCCUCAGAGCUGAAGCAAGCGAAUGGGCGGUGUCGAAGCAGCUUUACACCUGCAAAGGCUGCGUUCGCUUCCGCAGCCUGCAGAAAUUCGCCGACGAUAUGAGGAAAGGCACACGCGCCCGUAGCGCACCGGACGCGCGAUCCAGGUUCUGUCUCGAGUGCGGGGUCGAAAAUGGCUGGUAUUCCGAAGGCACAAAUAUUGCAAUCUAUGGCAAGCUCGCUGUUUUAGGUCGGGUCUGCAGCGACUUGACCGAUCGCUGCGGCUCCAAAGCAUCAUGCGGCUCUCGAGCAUUAGCCUGGACGCCAUUACAAAGAGUGAAGCGCGAGCAAUACGGCAACAACUCCCGACAUGAACGAGAUGACGAUUGGGCUUACAUGGCACGAUCACAAGUCGGACCUAGACACGCAGAAGAGGAGUAUGGGCUUUGGCUCGACAUAUAGCGGCCGUGGUACAAUGAGUUUCCAAAGGAGCAAUAUGCCAAACGUGUAUCGACAUGAGAACCAUAUUCAUCAGCGAUGUCCUGUGGUGCGCUAUCAGGCAUGGUGUCACUACCGGAGGCAUAUACGUCAUGCCUUUCACAGCAGCAUCACUCCCAACACAACUCCUCUCAUUACUCAGCUACGGCACUUCUUAGUAUCCUCAAAUGCUGGAGAGACUGUGCUUGCACAUCACCCCGUCGUCAAUCGCGACGCGUUUUUAGAGAAGUGGGUGCUGUUCAUCGCAUACGUCGGAUUCUUCGCUGGAGUCACGUUCUACAUUUGUACAAUAGGAGUCGUUGAACUGUUUACAAUCAGUGAGCCCUGCAUCGUUCAUUGCCCGCCGUUCGCAGGCCCACCACGUCACGUCGGUGCUGUUCUU